UAGGAGUUCCUGGCGCAAACUAGCAUUAGCAUAAUGUCACUUUGACAGCUAGCAUUAGCAUAAUGUCAAGAGACCUAUCAGCUAGAAAUACUUUAUUUUUUUUUUAACCAGAUUUGAAUAAAAACACAACGUAGAGUUGGUGUCGGUUGCGGAAAUACGCUUGGUCUGCGACAAUCAAACCAGAGCUAUUAAUUUAAUUAACUACCGUUGUUAGCCUGAUUAACGCUAGCUAGAGCUACAGAGAAAAGCGACAUGGUGCAGCCCCAGGCAGACAUGGCCCUGCAGUGGGAGAUGGCAGGGGAAGAGGGUAACGUGGCUCUUCAGGUUCCUGCUGAGCUGGCAGCCAAUGAGGUGGUGACUAGACUACUGGGAGACAACCAGCAGCUCCGAGAGGCGCUGCAGCGCAGCAACCAGGCCCUGCGUCAGCGCUGUGAGGAGAUGGAGGAAUGGCAGCGGAGGUCUAGAGAAGAGAGAGAGUUCCUCAGCUGUCGUUUCCAGGAGGCCCGGGCGCUAGUGGAGAGACUGGCCAUGGAGAACCAUAGCCUUUCCAGCCUGGCCAGCCCCUCUAGCCCCUCCAACCCUGGAGCGAACCAAGGCCUGCUGGUCAACGGCCCCAUCCAUGGCUCGGAGACCAACGGACCUAUGGCAUCCUCGCUGCCUGUAGGAGGAAACAACUCUCUCCAGCCGCUGAAGAGCCACAAAGAGGAGUUGGAAGAAGGGAAGAGAGAUCUGAGGAGGAGGAAUGAAGAGCUGGAGAAAGAGAGGGAGGAGGGAGAGAGAGAGAGAGACUGCCUUCAUCGCUCGGUUGAGCAGCUCCGAACCAAACUGAGUUGUGGUGUUACUGAGGAAACGGUUCAGCGUUCCGAUGCCCCGCCCUCCUCUGACAGCUCCCACCUGGCCAAACUCACAGAGCAGCUUCAAGCCACACAGGGCAGGUACAGAGAGCUGCAGGAGCAGUUAGUCCUCCAGAAGAGUUCAGCUCAGAGAGACAGAACUGAAGUGCUGCUUAAACAGAAGGACAAGGACUGUACCCAGCUGGAUAAGGAUGUCGAGGCGCUGAAGGCCCAGGUGACGUCUCUCCUGGGAGAGCUGAGAGAGAGACAGAGCUGUUUGGACCGGAGCCAGCAGGACCGCAACAUCCUGGACGACAGGUAUGACAACUACUGUAUGCACGGUCACAUGAAGUUGGUGACUGUAGUGGUGGAGACUCUCCUUGAUGUGAUGACUGUAGUGGUGGAGACUCUCCUUGAUGUGAUGACUGUAGUGGUGGAGACUCUCCUUGAUGUGAUGACUGUAGUGGUGGAGACUCUCCUUGAUGUGAUGACUGUAGUGGUGGAGACUCUCCUUGAUGUGAUGACUUACUGGGAGUCAUUGGCAGCAUCAGAGAGAGAGAUGGAACAACAGAGGAAGCAGCACUCUGUGACGGUAGACAAACUACUGCUGCAGACACACAACUUAGAGACCGCCCUGAAGACUGACCGCCUGGUCAUUACUGAGGAGAGGAGGAAGCUUGCCCAGCUGCAGCACGCCUACACCUGUCUGUUUAAGGACUACGACUCCAAACUCAAGACUGAGGGAGGAGACAUGGGUUGUCUGGAGGAGGCAGAGAGAGCUCUGGCUCUGAAACAGGAUCUGAUUGACAAGCUGAAGGAAGAGGUGGAGCAACAGAGAGGAUCUCUAGAGACCGUUCCUGUUCUCACUGCCCAGGCUGAGAUCUACAAGGCAGACUUCCUAGCGGAGCGGGAGGCCAGGGAGAAGUUGAACCAGAGGAAGGAGGAGCUUCAGGACCAGCUGAACACAGCGUUGGCUGAGAUGGAGCGUCUGAAACAGGAAGAGGAAGAGACCGGCUCGGAUGGAGAAGAUGCAGCAGAGACACCUGGAGGUCUUCAGACCACCACGACCACACAUCACCCCCAAUCAGGGAGUGCCUUUAACUCCUCCUCCCGCAGCGUGGGAUUGUCUGCAGAGGGAGUGGCUGGAGGCGGGGCUGAAGAGCUUCCUGACUACCGCUGUCCAAAGUGCCAGUACCAAGCCCCCGACAUGGACACACUACAGAUACAUGUCAUGGACUGUAUCCAGUAACACACACACUUAAACACACUUAAAUGUUUGGGGGGCUGAAACAACAGUAGCUCAUCAGCAUGAUGACAUCGUUAUAGACCUCUU